AGGUAGACCAUCGAGAUGGAACAAUCAGCAACCGACCACCUAAGAAAAAUGUUGUCUUCUCUAGUGUUCUGCAGCUGUUUCGUGGCUCUCAUGACCAUCGGCUCGGCCAAUGUCGAUCCUUACUACCGCAAUUCCGUCCAACAGGUAGACCAGACUCCGUACUCUACUCUGUUGGCGCUAUUACUGGCCGGGAAUGCAGAGCAAACACUCGCCGAAAGCCAAUAUCAACGAAGAUAUCCUCAACAAGCUCGUCCUUACUAUGGCCCAGUUGCUGGAUCAUCUUACUCUUCUUACUAUCCAAUGCAUCCACCGCAGGCUGAUUAUUACCGUCCUACUGAACAGCAAGGAGAUGAAUCAGGACUCGAAAUAUUUCGAUCAGGAUCGGAGCCCCGAUUCUUUGGACUGAAAAAGGCUGCACUUUCUGGAUUGAUUUCUGCCCUCAGAGGGCCACCAGGUCCUCCAGGUCCUCCAGCCCCAGGACCCGCACCAGCCCCAGGCCCCGCACCAGCCCCAGGCCCCGCUCCAACCCCAGCUGGUAUUCCGGGUCCUCCAGGCCCUCCUGGCCCACCAGGUCCACCAGGUCCAGCUGGAGCCAUCGGAGCAGCUGGGGCAGCUGGUCCUGCUGGAGCUGACGGAGCAGCCGGUCCUUCGGGUCCGGCUGGCGCAGAUGGUCCCCCAGGCCCCGCCGGCCCAGCAGGUCCCGCAGGUCCCGCAGGUCCAGCAGGUCCUGCUGGUCCAGCUGGUCCACCCGGCCCUUAAAAACUAGACAGCUGCCCUUUAAAAUGUGUUGGGAAGGCAGUAUGGGGGCCGACAGGUUUAUUACCGUCAUUGCCCAAAAGUUUAUUCCGAAAACGUAGUUGGUGCUGGUAUUUGUUAUAGGAAUAUGGGAUCUUGGGAUAUAGAUGUACUUAACUAACAUUAACCGUCUUCAAUCAAAAUUAAGUUUGUAUUAACUCGUCAAUGAUGGGUUCAAUCAACAAACGGCAAUAAAAAACCUCAACAAGUAAA